AUGAAACGGAGAAAAGCAGAAGGCUUAAAGCAAAGCAGUUAAGGCCUUUUGCAAAUCACAUGAGCGAGAGAAUAAAUAUAUAGAGAGAAAGGAAGUAGAAAAAGCAAGCAAAGCCUUGGAUCCACAAAUCCCUACGCGCGCGCGCACACACACACUCUCAAAUCAGAAAUACAGUGUCUUAUCAUUCCGAUCCUUUCUCCCAUUUCAAGUUUCGACUCGAGUGAUCUUGCUGCAAUGUAUGCCGUCUGAUUCAUCCUCAUCAUCUCUCUCACUCCACCGUUUGAUCUCCGGCAAUGGGAGCCCGCUGCUCUAAAUUCUCACUCUGCUGGUGGCAAUCUCACCUCAAACCCUCAGUUCUUGACCCCUCUGAUCUCGAGAAUGGGGGUAAAGCUGACCGGAACUCGCUGCCCAGCUUCACCGAGUUUAGUUUGGACCAACUCAAAGCUGCCACGUCGGGGUUCUCCUCCGAUAACAUAGUGUCGGAGCACGGAGAAAAAGCUCCAAAUAUUGUUUACAAAGGGAAACUCGAUGCUGACCGUUGGAUCGCUGUUAAGCGGUUUAACAAGUUGGCCUGGCCUGAUUCUCGUCAAUUCGUUGAGGAAGCAAGAUCCGUGGGAAAUUUGAGGAAUGAGAGAUUAGCGAAUUUGAUGGGAUGUUGCUGUGAAGGUGAUGAGAGAUUGCUCGUGGCAGAGUUUAUGCCAAAUGAAACUCUUGCGAAGCAUCUUUUUCACUGGGAGGCCCAGCCUAUGAAAUGGGCAAUGAGAUUGAGGGUAGCAUUGUAUUUAGCACAAGCUUUGGAAUAUUGCAGCAGUAAAGGACGGGCCUUGUAUCAUGAUCUUAAUGCCUACAGAGUCUUAUUUGAUCAGGAUGGUAAUCCCAGACUGUCUUGCUUUGGCCUUAUGAAGAAUAGUAGAGAUGGCAAGAGUUACAGCACCAAUUUGGCUUUCACCCCUCCAGAGUAUUUGAGAACAGGUAGAGUGACACCAGAAAGUGUAGUGUACAGCUUUGGGACCUUGUUGCUUGAUCUCUUGAGUGGCAAACAUAUUCCACCAAGCCAUGCACUUGAUCUGAUUCGUGGCAAGAAUUUUCUGAUGUUGAUGGACUCUUGUUUGGAGGGUCAUUUCUCGAAUGAUGAUGGUACUGAGUUAGUGCGGCUGGCUUCCCGCUGUUUGCAGUAUGAAGCUCGUGAGAGACCAAAUGCAAAGUCCCUUGUUACUGCUCUUAUGUCUCUUCAGAAAGAAACAGAGGUUCCAUCAUACAUCUUGAUGGGUAUCGCACAUGACACUGCUUCCCCAGCAGAGCCAUUGUCAUUAACCCCUUUUGGUGAAGCUUGCUUGAGAAUGGAUCUCACUGCUAUACAUGAAAUCUUGGACAAGAUUGGAUACAAGGAUGAUGAAGGGAUUGCCAAUGAGCUUUCAUUUCAGAUGUGGACCAAUCAAAUGCAGGAGACCUUGAAUUCUAAGAAGCAUGGAGACACCGCUUUCCGAGCUAAGGAUUUCACAACUGCCAUUGAUUGCUACACCCAAUUCAUUGAUGGCGGGACCAUGGUAUCUCCAACUGUGUAUGCUAGGCGCUGCUUGUCCUACUUAAUGAAUGACAUGCCCCAAGAAGCUCUUGGGGAUGCCAUGCAAGCUCAGGUGGUGUCCCCUGAGUGGGCCACUGCUUUCUAUCUUCAAGCAGCUGCCCUCUUCAGUCUUGGGAUGGAUACUGAUGCCCAAGAAACACUCAAAGAUGGCACAAACUUGGAAGUCAAAAAGAGCAAAAAUUGAGUGUAUAGGUUUCUUUUCCUCUCUCUUGCUUCCUUCUUUUAACUGUAAUUUUGUUUAGUCUCUUGUAUUUAUUCCCUAUUUGUCAUAUUUUGCCAUUUUCAGCUCUUGCCACCUUAGAGGAUUCUUUGAAAUUAUUGUUGGUUUUGAUAUAUA